AUGCCAGCGACCAACGACAAGUUCAUUUUCGUCAACGCCCCCACGAUCAUUAACGCUGGCCCGCGUGAUGCUCGUCGCCAACUUCGCUCUCAGUUGAUGCGUCGCGUUUACCUUCGAAAGUACCAAGAGCCUCCGCCCCGCAUCGAGGAUGUCGUAGACACCAUCGAGCGGGAGCCUCCCAAGGAUGACUCGGAGGGCGACUCUUCGUCAUCCCGAGGCCACACCACGAGCCCUCCGAUGGGCACCACCGGAAGCGCUGCUCCUCACCCCGUUACCUCGAUCGACUCCAAACUGCCCACCCCGCCUUCCGAGGGCGAUGGCGACGAUGGCUGCAACCGAUGCGGUGGCUAUUGUCGCUCUCCCGGCCAGUGCCAGCCCGUUAUCCACACUCGCAAGAAGCCAAAGUUGCUCUCACCCGCCAAAGAAGCCCCGCUGGACCUUGGUCCAUUACUGUCAUCCAUCGCCGUGUCCACUCUCAAUCCAUUUGCCGUGCCUGAUGAUGGCGUCAACGCACCCAAUAGCCACAUGCUAAUCCACCAUUACGCCCGCAGUCUCAUACCCGCGCUGCGCAGCGGCAAGGACUGGCACGCCGGUGUCUCCAGUAACUAUCUAAGACUACUCCCAGACCCAAUAGUCUUUAAUGCCAUCUGUCUCUCUGCCUCUAUUCAUCUUGACAGGUCAACGAUUUGGAGCGGUAUAGAUGCCGAGCACGCUGUGCGGAAAUGGGAGCAACACUAUUAUCGAUACAACGCUCUGCGAGCGUUGCGCCAAGUUCUAGCCAAAUGCAAUCCAAAAAUUGGCACCCCGGAAUUUGACUCGGUCCUUGUUUCUAUCUGCAUGCUAGCAAUCAAUGACUUGCACGGUGAAACUUCUCAAGGCAUUAUCAAACGAGACUACAACCCUUUCAGCAACCCGCUGCCGACCCUCGGCGCUCUCAAUGUAUACGGUUACAAGCCGGUGCAUUAUUUCCACUGGAACGGUCUCGUGAACCUUCUCAGCCAACACGGUGGCUUUCACAAUUUAACUCUGUUUGCUGCUCGAUUCAAGAUCUCCUAUACCGCUGUCAAAUACUCUCUGCAUACGUGUACGAAACCCGCAUUUCCCAUUUGCAACCACAAGGGAGAGAUUUUAACCGGAUACUCGGUCCUGGGCGUUCUUGGCAUGACUCCAUCCCAAGUUCCCCCUCAUACGGGCGAAGGCUUUCGAAAUCUACAAACACUCAUGAUCCGAGAAUCCAUAUUCCGCCCAUUCAUCGAGCUCAGUCAACUUGCCCAAGCCAUACCACUUCUGGUGCCGAAAUGCAGCGACCCGACUACCGAGGAUCUCAUCGCAGAUGCUCGUAACCUGUCUCAAUAUCGCUUCCAGAACCUGCCCCUCUUGACCGAGGACCCUCUGCUAGUGGUAGAUAUCAUGGUUGAGGAGAGCAUCGAGGCAGAAGACAUCCUGACACAAGACAUCAUCCACGCUACCUUUGCCGUGUACGGCCUCUGCUGGCUUGUGACUCAGUUAUUCACCUCCCAUGUCACUUUUUCAGUACCUUCAUCACGCCGCUUCCGACUCAACGGCGUCUUCGAGCUUCAGUCUACUAUGAAUCGCUGUGAAUCAGUCGCAUACAACAAUUUAUAUGUAAUGCGGCUGCAGGUCUGGGCCAUGGUAAUUGGAGGCAUUGCUGCCGAAGACAUUGACAUCGGCCUUCGAAAUUGGAUGGUUUCGCGUCUUCAGGAUCUUUGCAGGAAACUUGGACUCAGAGACUGGGCCGCCGUUAGCGAGGUUUUGAAUACGUUUGCGUGGAUGGAAUAUGCCUGUGACCAUGCCGGCAGAAAGCUCUGGGCAGAAGUAGAGAACAUGACUUGA